GGAGUUAUGACCACUUAAAGUAUUGACUUCAUUAUAAAUGGAAGCUUAUCUGCCUCAGGUAGGUUAUUUUCACAAUGAUAUUGCUAUCGAUCAUCACAAUAGUAGAAUCUAAUCACUAAUUAUCUCAUUGUACAGGCUGGUGUGAACUUAGGAACCUCCGAGAGAUAAGCCUCUCCAACAAUCAUUUUGAAGGGAUAUUGCCUUCAUGUAUGGCAAAUUGGACAUCACUUCGCUUUUUGGAUCUAUCUGACAAUCACUUCAGUGGGAAUGUCCAAUCCCUAUCUGAUUUGAGAUCACUUGAGUUCCUUUCCUUGUCAAAUAAUGAAUUCUUGAACCCAAUCACUUUCUCCUCCUUUUUUAACCUCUCAAAUCUCAAGUUUCUCUUAAGUGAUAACAACAAAAUUGCUUUUGAAACAAACUCUCAUACUAGGGUUCCAACCUUCCAAUUAAGGCUUUUCAGGUUGUCAAAGUGUUCAUUUAAUGGACUCAAUACAACGCUUCCCACAUUCCUUCAUUACCAAUAUGAUUUGCGAGAAAUUGAUCUCUCCCACAACAAUUUGAAGGGGAAGUUCCCCACUUGGUUGUUAGAGAACAAUACAAGAUUGGAGGUUCUUAUUUUAAAAAAUAACUCUUUCACAGGGUCUUUCCUGGUGCCAUAUCAUCAUCUUCAUCCCAACAUUGAGGAGAUAGGUAUUUCAAGUAAUUACUUACAAGGUCCAAUUCCUACCAACUUCGAUUUAAUUUUUCCAAAUUUAAAGUAUUUAGAUCUCUCUAACAAUGCAUUUCAAGGUAGUAUUCCUUCUUCUUUUGGAAAUUUGGUUUCCAUGUGGGCUUUAGACUUGUCUAAAAAUAAUUUAUCAGGAACAAUGCCAGUGCAUUUCACAAUGGGUUGUUACUCCCUAAAUUUUCUCAAAUUGUCGUAUAAUAAUUUCAGUGGCCAAAUAUUUCCUUCUAAUUUUAAUUUGACUAAUUUGGAAUAUUUAUAUUUGGACAACAAUCACUUCUCAGGAAAGAUCCCAAAUAGCAUCUCACUGAUGAUUCUUGGUGCCACAAUUGAUUUUAGUAAUAACAAUUUGCUAGGCAUGCUUCCAAUGUGGAUGGGGAACAUGUCAUUUUUAAAGACAAUUGUUAUGGCUAAUAAUCAACUGGAAGGUCCUAUUCCAAUCAAGUUAUGCAAACUCAUUAAUCUUGAAUUUUUUGACCUCUCCGAUAACAAUCUGUUUGGCUUUGUUCCAUCUUGCUUCAAUUCGUCAAGCAUCAAGUUCUUUCAUCUGAAUAAAAAUUUGUUUAGCGGUCCAAUUCCAAAUGUAUUCCAAAACAACUCCAAGUUGCUUACAUUAAAUCUUCGAGAUAACUACCUAAAUGGAAGCAUUCCUGAUUGGAUCGGGAGUGUCUCAUCAUUGAGCAUUCUCCUUUUGGGAGCAAAUCAUUUAGAAGGUAGGAUUCCAAUUCAACUAUGCCUUUUGCAAAAGUUGAACUUGUUGGAUCUUUCCUACAAUAAACUUUUUGGUCCAAUACCCCAUUGCUUAAGUAAUUUUACAUUUAAGGCUUCAGAUCCUUAUUAUACUUUGGGAGGUCUCUUUUCCACCGUUAUUGGUCAACAAUCAAUUAAUCCAAUGCCAUGGGCAUAUCCAAUGACAUGGGACGGAUUUGUGUAUCGAGGGCCAACAAUUGAUACCUUUGCUCGUGUGGAUUCGAAACAAGAGGUGGAGUUCACAACAAAGAGUAGAACUUACCCCUAUAAGGGAGACAUUCUGAACUACAUGUCUGGAGUAGACCUCUCAUGCAACAGGUUAGCAGGUGAAAUACCACCCGAACUUGGAAAGACAAGCAACAACUUACGUGCAAUGAACUUGUCACACAACAAUCUAACUGGACCAAUCCCCACAACGUUCUCAAACCUGAAGCAAAUGGAGAGUUUGGAUCUUUCCUACAAUAAUUUAAAUGGUACAAUCCCUCCUCAAUUGACUGAAAUGACCUCUUUGGAAGUCUUCAGUGUGGCACACAACAACUUAUCAGGUCCAACUCCAGAUAUAAAAAAUCAAUUCAUUACUUUUGAUGAAAGCAGUUAUGAGGGAAACCCUCUCUUGUGCGGACCUCCAUUGCAUAAUGAUUGCACCAAAAUUGGACCACCAUUUACAACACCAGUGGAAUAUAAGGAGGAAGAAGGUGGUAGUUUCAUGGACAUGAGCGUCUUCUACAUAAGUUUUGUGGUGGCUUACAUAACGAUAUUGUUGGGAAUUGUUGCAGUUCUUUACAUAAAUCCUUAUUGGCGUAGGGCAUGGUUUAACCUCAUUGAAGUGUGCAUUGACACUUGCUACUGUUUUGUUGUGGUUCAUUACCAUAAAUUGUUCAAGUUUAGGCUGGCAUAGCCGUGCAUUUUACUUGUACGUGUGUCUCUACUUGUUGGACUCUGAAUCCAAACUUUGAAUUUUUAAUACUGUGUUGUGUAAGGCUUGUAUUUUGUUGUGUAAAUCAAACUAAUCGACAAACCUUUUUUUUUCCUUA